AUGAUAAGUAAUAGUAUUAGUGCGGUGGAUAUCCUUCCACAUAAUGAUGGAAAAGUAGUAAUGUAUGGUGCACCUAAUAAGAAUAUAACACACUUCGUUUCCGGUAAACUUCGUAUAAUCCUCUCAAGACCACAAAAUAUGGAAUUAAUAACCAUUAGAUUAAAAGGAAAAUCCGAAUAUUCUGAUUGGGAAGACCAAUAUUCAGCAUUAGAAAUAAUUAAACUUGAACAAAUUCUUCAUGAAAAAAACUCUUUACCUAGAGGUGUAACCGAUCUUGAUUAUGAAUUUAGGGUUCCCGGUAAUUUACCACAAACUUAUAGAACUAAUUUUGGUACAAUUUUUUAUAAAUUGGUUGUCGCGGUUCAACCAGCUUCAUUAAUGUCAAAAGAUACUAGAGUUGAAAGAGGAAUUAAUUUUUUAAGACAUUAUUUACCUUGUAGGAGAGAGUUUUUGCCUGCUCCUCCACAAAAAAUUUAUAAGGUUGAAAGAAAGGAGAUUAUAAAUUUUGAGUUGGAACUUCCUACAUUCAUUUGCGUUAAUGAAAAAAGUUUACUAAUCAGAUUAAGAUUAUGUCCAAAAAGCGACCAAGGUCGCAUUAAGAAGAUUCACUUUGAAUUGGUUCAAUCUGAAAAAUAUAGUGUUAGGCCAAGUCGAAAAAACAUGGAUGAAUUUUCGGUCGAUCCUGCUCAUUUAGUUUCCAUUGUUCCAUUAAGUGGAUCACCGUUAACAAAACGUAAACGAACUUAUCCUAUAGCCCCGACAACACUCAGUGUUUCCAAUGAAGUAGACAAUUGGAAUAAUGCAUUGAUUUAUAACCUUCCGUUUGCACAAUAUUCCCAAGUUACUCGCAAAUCUCAAUUAAAAGCCACACUUAAAUCUCCAUUAAUGAAAGUUGGACAUAAAUUUAGAUUUGUAUUGAUGUUUGAAGAUGAAAAUGAAAAUGAUUUGGAAUUAGUAUGUCCAAUUAGUGUUACCACUAUUCCCGAAGAAAAGAAUUCUUUAUUGGCAGAGAUUUUUGGAGAUACCAAUUUACCUUCUUAUGAUGAUACUUUUAUGGAAAUUUCACCAAUCACACAUUCGGAAAUUACAAAUGUAGAUAAUGAAAGAAAUAAUGAAAGUCGUCUUUUACUUCGUAACGAAAAUAAUUCACAUAAAAAAGAUUCUGGUACUUCAACAUCAGUUCCACCUUCAGUUUUUUCAAGUCGUCGUGAACUUUUAUUUGAAGAAAGUCCGGAUACUUCAUUAGCAUCAAUUGAACAAGUAAAUUCAAGUUAUUACUUGAACAUGCACGAUGAAGAUGAUUUGGACGGGAGUUCAGCUUUUGAGAUUCGUAGUGAACCCAAUAGUCCUAAAUUAAGUGGACCUUUGCAGCCUUAA